AUGGCCUCCACCAGCACAAGUGUUAAGGACAUGGUCGAUGAAUCUCUCAAGGGCCUUGCAAAAGAGCUACGGCAGGUCAAUCAUCAGAUCUGGUCAAAUCCCGAAACGGCCUUCAAAGAGCACAAGGCACACGACACGAUUUGCGACUUUCUCGAGAGCCAGGGGUUCGAAGUCACCCGCCACGCGUACGGGCUGGACACAAGCUUCGAAGCACGAAGCGGCCAAGGCGGCCGUCUCGUCAGUUUCAACGCCGAAUACGAUGCUCUACCCAACAUCGGGCAUGCCUGCGGCCACAACCUGAUCGCGACCAGCAGUCUGGCGGCGUUUCUGGCCUUGUCGUAUGCUUUGAAGAAGCUGAACGUGCCUGGAAGAGCGCAGCUGCUCGGCACCCCCGCCGAAGAAGGCGGAGGCGGCAAAGUGGAGCUCCUGAAAUCCGGAGCAUACAAGGAUGUGGGAGUCACGUUGAUGGCUCAUCCAGCAAGCAGCAAAUCUUCAGGCACGAUUGGCAAAGCUCUGGCUGGGAUCGGCGGAGUGCCCAUGCUAGCGAGAGAACGCAUGUUCUGCCAGUUCAAAGGCCGAAAUGCCCACGCCGGCGCCAAUCCAUGGGAUGGAAUCAACGCCCUCGAUGCGUUUGUCGCUUCCUACAACGGCAUUUCUAUGCUUCGACAACAGACGGUCGGGACCGAUCGCAUUCAUUGUGCCAUCACCGACGCGCCUAAGGCAGCGAACAUCAUUCCAGCCAGCACAAAGGCCAUCUUCUCCACGAGAGCCGACACCGUGGCCUCCCUGAAAGCCCUGUCGGCGAGAGUGGUCAAGUGUGUCCAGGCCGGUGCUUUGGCUACGGGUUGUGAAGUGGUCAUUGAGAGUGAACCAUAUUACGCAGAUGUCCUGCUGAACGAUGCUCUCUGCGGUCAAUGGAAAUCACAUAUGGCAGAAUACGGACAAGACGUCCUGGCGGUUGUACCGCAGAUGAUCACGGCUUCUAGUGACAUUGGAAACGUGAGCUACGAGAUGCCGACCCUCCAUGCCAACUUCAAUAUCCCUGCCCCGGAAGGCAUUUCACCACAUCAUGCAUCCUUCGCGAGUGCUGCGGGAACAGACGAGGCUCACGAUAUCGCUGUGAUGAUUGGCAAGUCUUUGGCGCUUGUCGGUUUGGAUGUGCUUACGGAUGAGACACUCUAUAAAGCCAUCACAGCGGAGUGGCAAGACAAGGUUCCUGGUCCGGUUUCUCACCUGUAG